AUGCCCACAAUCCCCGAAACCUAUAAAAGGAUUCGCUACAAGGUCAAUUUCUUUAUAGUUGACACAAAGCUGAAAUGGUACCUGACGUCCAGAAAUCCACGGCUCAUUCAGUCCAAGUUCCAGGGUCAGACUCUCAUCAGCUUGAGGGUGCAUCCACACGAUAAGUAUCUCGUGAAGAAAGGAGAAUUUCUCUCCUUGGAGAAAAAGCAGCCUGAUUAUUUUAGCUGGGGCAGUCUUGUGGAUUUGUAUUGCCAAGAGGCAGUGGAGAAUAUGUCUUUCCCACCUCCCGAGGAAGAGAUACAAGAAGAACCCAAGGGUUGCGAGCAGCCUAAGAUCCAGUCGGUGGAUGUUGGAAACAAGCGUAUUUCAAAAAUUACUAGAGCAUCCAAUUUCAUCAAAAGCUUUCAAAGAUCGAAACCAGAAGCAGGCAAGGACACAGAGUCGCCUGGCCCUGGACUCAGAAGAAGGAUAUUGUACAGCCGUUUAUUCAGACGGAGGCACGAUAAUUCUUCCAAUGAGGCGUCGCCCUCCAACAAAUCUUCCGAUUCAUAUCCUCGGGUAUGGCACAGGAUACUUAACGAUGUUUCGCUUUCUGCUGCACAAGUCUCCACCGGCACUGCUCCUACUUCCAGAAGCGAUUAUGACAAUUUGAGUAGUGACUUGACGGAAGGAAGAAGACGUGUGACUGAUGUUUCUUUGAGAUAG